AUAGAUGCUUUCGUAGUGGCUGGGUAAAAAUGGCUGAAGUUGAUUUCGGCGAUUGUGAGCUUUUUCAGCUGCUUGAUGACUCCGCACCGGCCCCAACGCAUAUUUAUUUCACAGAUGAUGAUGAGGAGGACAAGGAAGAAACGAGCCAUCUCCGGAGCAGACUGGAGGAGUAUGAUGACUUUAGUCAGAGUCUCACCGAGGAAAAUAUCCUUGUGUCGGAUGCGCUCAUUUUACAUGAAGCGUUUAAAGUGGUUGGAAGUGUAUUAUAUUUCCCUACAUUCUGUAUUGAUAAACUUGGACAGCCUCUGGUGAAUGAAAACCCCCAGCUGACAGAUGGAUGGGACGUUCCAACCUAUCUCCAGGUUUUUAACCAAGUUGUUGGCACAGAUGGGCAGGACAUAGAAAUUAAAGACAAAAGACCCAAAUCAAUGUGUUUCAACUGUGGUUUGAGUGGUCAUCAGCUAAGAGACUGUCCCAAGCCUAUAGAUAUGGCUGCAAUUAAUGAAAGAAGGAAGGAGUUUAAUCAGAACAAGAACAAGGCCAUGCAGAGUAACCAGCGAUAUUAUACUGAUGAAGUGGAGGAGCGGUUUUCUAAAUACAAGCCUGGAGUCAUGAGUGAGGAUCUGUUGACAGCGCUAGGAAUUGAUGGAAACACCCUCCCACCUCUAAUUUAUCGCAUGAGGCAGUUAGGCUACCCACCAGGUUGGCUCAAAGAGGCAGAGAUGGAAAACUCUGGCUUAACAAUGUAUGAUGGAAAUGUUUCAAUUUAUGGUAAAAUAACAGACACUACCAGUUCGCAAAACAUCUCUUAUGAUGUUUCCAAACUGGUAGAUUUCCCAGGCUUCAAUGUAACUGCAUCACACAACGUAAAAGAUGAGUUCAUGCAGUAUGGUUCUAAUCCAAUGCAGACCAACCACUUGAAGCAAAACUAUGCAGCUUACCUGUCUAGCAACUUCCCUACGCCUGGUGCCACCGGCAACAAGAGACGGCAUGAAUCUGAAUCAUCUCCACAGCAAAGGAAGAAGACGAGGCCCAGUCCGGAUCAGAGCUCUGAAAGAAGCUCGGACAUGGAUAUUGAAUCAGCUAAAAUCAGUGAAAAUGAAAGUGAACCAGUGGUUCAGGAGAUUUGCUCUCAGAGCCCUGGUCCAAUCAAAGCCCCAGACGACAGCCCCCAGAGCCCUGGUCCAGUGAAAGCCCCAGACGAUAGCCCCCAGAGCCCUGGUCCAGUCAAAGCCCCAGACGAUAGCCCCCAGAGCCCUGGUCCGAUCAAAAUCCAAGACGACAGUCCCCAGAGUCCUGGUCCAGUCAAACAUCAUGAAGGCAACCCCCAAAGCUCUGAUCUAGAUUUCUGUAAUGAAGCGGCUGGGUAUUGUGCUUCUCCUACGCAUGACGAGAAGAUAACAGCUGUUCCUCAUCGUAGCAGGUUUGCAGCUGGCAUCGUUCCGUUUGAAGAUACACCAGAGUACACUGAAGUGGCUGAAGCCACAGGGACAUACCUUAGGAUCAGAAACUUGCUUAAGAGCUCCUCUCCGAGUUUAGCAAAAAAAAAAUAACAAUGUACUGGCUAUAUUUGGAACAAAAUAAUACAUUGAUAUUUUAUUUUCAUGACCAUCUUAUCAAGCAUGUUUUUAGAAGUUUAUUUUUUUGUACAAAGUUGAAUGUCUGUGCUGUGUAUAUACAUUUGAUCUGCAAACCUACAAAGGAGGGACAUGGAUUGAUGCUGCAACAACAGUUUUUAAGUUUUGACCAAUAAGUCUCUUUUAUUUGUAACAGUAUUGUUCUUUUUAUUUUAUUGUAAAAUUUGUGAAAUGGUCAUUUCUUGACAUGUAAUAAUUGUAAUACCAUGAUGUUAAAAUGGCCUUUUCCAUUUUCAUUCUACUUAAAUUACUUAAAAUCCAUAAGUAAACUUGCUUUCGCUUG